UCCAUACGUUUGUACCUAUGGAACCGGGGCUUAAGAAAAACGAAUUUGAUAAAUACAGAAGGCGUUUUUGAUCCGGUGUUACUGGCUGAAUUCAUCAGGGAAAGCUCGACAGCCGGUAACACUUACUUUAUACGUUCAGUGUUCUAGCCGCUAUACGGGCUUAUAUAUUUAAUGAGCCAAUUUCCUGCCGGUUGCGGAUGGCCGAUACCAUCUAGAGAGAAUGGAUGGAUCACGAGACAGCCUCAGAACUCUUUAUUUUGCAAAAUGUUUGUUCAGUCAAAGCUUAUUCAAGCUAAUAAAUAUGAGGAAUAUUGCAAAAAAUUUUCUAACCAAAGCGAUUUUGAACAUCAAAUUAAAACUUCAAUUGAAGUAUUGAACGAAAUAGUUCCUUUAAAUGCUUAUAAGUAUGAAUGUAAAAGCACUGUUAGAUCAAACACUCUACGUCAAAAAGCUGAUAAGUUAUUUUUUGAAAUAAAAGGCACAGUAAGUGGACUUUUGCAUGCGUGGAAAAUUUAUUCCAAAAGUAUAGCUUAUGCAGAAAAUAAUUCUAAAGAAUUACCUUUAGCAUAUGCUAAUAGAUCAGCAAUUUUAUAUCAUUUGAAAAAAUAUGAAGAGUGUGUAAGGGACAUCAACAAAACAUUACAAUUAAGCUAUCCUGAUUCUUAUAGAGCCAAUUUAAUAAGAAGAAAAGCAAAGUGUUUGAAGUUGUUAGGGAAACCAGAAGCUGAUAAUGCGUGUCAAGAAGCCAGGAAAUGGUUGGAAAAUGCACAAUUAAGUGACAACAAUAAAGAAGAAAUUACAAAAAAGAUACAAUCUGCUACAAAAUUUAAUAUGCAAAAAUCUCAAAGUAACAUGACAAGACAGGUUUUACCAAAUAUUGUAAAAAACAAUAAGAUCCCCUGUGCAUCAGAUGCUGUGGAUAUAAAGUAUAAUGUGAACUAUGGAAAGCAUAUUGUAGCAACUCGUAAUAUUAGUGUAGGAGAAGUUUUAGCAAUUGAGAGACCUUAUACUUUGCAGCUGAAAUUAGAUCACAUUUAUACUCAUUGCUCUCAUUGUUUUGCAAGAGCAUGGGACAGUAUUCCUUGUCCUAAUUGUGUUUAUACCAUGUAUUGCUCUGAAUUGUGUAGAGAGGAGGCAUGGAAACAAUAUCAUGAUGUUGAAUGUUCUGUUAAAGGCUAUUUUGUUAAUAUGAAAAUGAAUGAAUUGGCACCAUUUAGUUUAAGAUUAGCUUUAAUAGCCAUCAGAGAAGCUGGCAGCAUUGAAAAGCUUGAGGAAGAAUUAAACCGUAUUGAUGAUAUUAAAGAUCCACUAGAAAAGUGUUUGUUAGAUGGUGUUUAUUACAGUGAUAUUUAUAGAGCACUUUACUGCCUUGAAACUCAUAAAAGUGAAAGAAUGUGGCCAGAGCUUAUUAGUCUUACAUUGAAUAGUGCCAUUAUUAUUUAUUACACAUACAUUUCUACUUUAUUUUUUGGAGAAAAUUCGGACAAAAGUAUUAAAAAAAUAUCAGACAAUCCAAAAGUGAUUUUUGUAGCUAAGCUAAUAGCUCAUCAUUAUAUGACUCUCCAAAUGAAUGAUCAUGUAUUCAGUGAAAUUGACCGUAGAGGUCAAAACCAUAAUCUUGGUGCAGGAAUUUAUUUGUUUUGCAGUCUUUUUAAUCACAGUUGUAAUCCAAAUGUUACUAGGAUUCCUGUAAUGGAGAAUGGCAACAAGCCUCAACAAAUGAUUUUAGCUGUUCACCCAAUAGAACAAGGAUCCCAAAUUUUUGACGAUUAUGGGUUUGAUUAUGCUACUGAAUCUCUAUCUAGAAGAAAAAAUCUUUGUUACCAAUACAAAUUUCUUUGUAAGUGUAAAGCUUGUGAGAAUGAUUGGCCUUCAUAUGGAAAUUUGAAGUCCAUUUGUUUGUUAACUACAAAAUUUAGAGAAAAUCAAGCCGAAUUGAAAAAAUGGAUUAAGAAAUGUUUUCUUUACAAAAAAACUGUAAUGAGUGCUGAUUUUCAGUUUUUAGAUUCUGAAAGUCAAUCGAUUUUAUCAAGCUUAACUGAAGUAGUCACAGUAUUAUUUAAUUAUAGUUCACAACCAAAUGAAGAAUUUUAUGAAUCAGUAAUGUCACUUAGACAGGCUUUUUUAUUUAUUUAUGGAAAUAGAAUAGAUUUUUAAGAAACAUCGGACAAAAAUCGUUAUAGGUUUCUUAAAAAAGUUUUUAGAUGCUAAUAAUUGUAAAAGACAGUAUUUCUUA